AGAGUUGCAAUUUGUGAACCAACUGUGAUGAAAUCGAGCUCUGCACGAAUCAGACGCGCCUGUCAACUUCCCAGGUGGGAUUGCUUGGAGUUAACAGCCUGAACUCAGAGCCCCGAAAGCAGAGCAUUCAGGGCAAGCCAGAGAACACCCCGCAGAGGCUUUCCAAGAAUCCCUCGGCAUGGCAAGACAAGGCUGUCUCGGGUCAUACCAGGUAAUAUCCUUGUUCACUUUUGCCAUCGGCGUCAAUAUCUGCUUAGGAUUCACAGCAAGUCGAAUUAAGAGGGCUGACUGGGAUGGAGGACCUCCCACAGUGUUAUCUGACUCUCCAUGGACCAACACAUCUGGAUCCUGCAAAGGUAGAUGCUUUGAGCUUCAAGAGGUUGGACCUCCUGACUGUCGGUGUGACAACCUAUGUAAGAGUUACAGCAGCUGCUGCCAUGAUUUUGAUGAUCUCUGUUUGAAAACAGCUCAAGGCUGGGAGUGCACCAAAGACAGAUGUGGGGAAGUACGGAAUGAGGAAAAUGCCUGUCACUGCUCGGAAGACUGCUUGUCCCGGGGAGACUGCUGUACCAACUACCAAGUGGUCUGCAAAGGAGAAUCACACUGGGUAGAUGAUGACUGUGAAGAAAUAAAAGUUCCUGAAUGUCCUGCAGGAUUUGUCCGCCCUCCGUUAAUCAUCUUCUCCGUGGAUGGGUUCCGUGCAUCAUACAUGAAGAAAGGCAGCAAGGUUAUGCCCAACAUUGAGAAGCUGCGGUCCUGUGGCACCCAUGCUCCCUACAUGAGGCCUGUGUACCCCACAAAAACCUUCCCUAACCUGUAUACGCUGGCCACUGGUUUAUAUCCAGAAUCCCAUGGAAUCGUCGGCAAUUCAAUGUAUGAUCCUGUCUUUGAUGCUACUUUCCAUCUUCGAGGGCGAGAGAAGUUUAACCAUAGAUGGUGGGGAGGCCAACCGCUAUGGAUUACAGCCACCAAGCAAGGGGUGAGAGCUGGAACAUUCUUUUGGUCUGUGAGCAUCCCUCAUGAGCGGAGAAUCCUAACCAUUCUUCAGUGGCUUUCCCUGCCAGACAACGAGAGGCCUUCAGUUUAUGCCUUCUACUCUGAGCAGCCUGAUUUUUCUGGACACAAGUAUGGCCCUUUUGGCCCUGAGAUGACAAAUCCUCUGAGGGAGAUUGACAAGACCGUGGGGCAGUUAAUGGACGGACUGAAACAACUCAAACUGCAUCGUUGUGUGAACGUCAUUUUUGUUGGAGACCAUGGAAUGGAAGAUGUGACCUGUGACAGAACUGAGUUCCUGAGCAGCUACCUGACUAACGUGGAAGAUAUUACCUUAGUGCCUGGAACUCUAGGAAGAAUUCGACCCAAGUUUGCCAAUAAUCCUAAAUAUGACCCUAAAGCCAUUAUUGCUAACCUCACGUGUAAAAAACCAGAUCAGCACUUUAAGCCUUACCUGAAACAGCACCUUCCCAAACGUUUGCACUAUGCCAACAACAGGAGAAUCGAGGAUAUCCAUUUAUUGGUGGAUCGCAGAUGGCAUGUCGCAAGGAAACCCUUGGACGUUUAUAAGAAGCCAUCAGGGAAAUGUUUUUUCCAGGGUGACCAUGGCUUUGAUAACAAGGUCAACAGCAUGCAGACUGUUUUCGUAGGUUAUGGCCCAACUUUUAAGUACAGGACUAAAGUGCCUCCAUUUGAAAACAUUGAACUUUAUAAUGUUAUGUGUGAUCUUCUAGGCUUGAAGCCAGCUCCCAAUAAUGGAACCCACGGAAGUCUGAAUCACCUACUACGCACAAAUACCUUUAGGCCAACCAUACCAGAGGAAGUCAGCAGACCCAACUACCCGGGGAUUAUGUACCUUCAGUCUGAUUUUGACCUGGGCUGCACCUGUGAUGAUAAGGUAGAGCCAAAGAACAAAUUGGAAGAACUAAAUAAACGCCUUCAUACCAAAGGAUCUACAGAAGAGAGACAUCUCCUGUAUGGACGACCUGCAGUGCUUUAUCGGACUAGCUAUGAUAUCUUAUACCAUACGGACUUUGAAAGUGGUUACAGUGAAAUAUUCUUAAUGCCUCUCUGGACAUCAUAUACCAUUUCUAAGCAGGCUGAGGUCUCCAGCAUCCCAGAGCACCUGACUAACUGUGUUCGGCCUGAUGUGCGUGUGUCUCCAGGAUUCAGUCAGAACUGUUUAGCCUAUAAAAAUGAUAAACAGAUGUCAUAUGGAUUCCUUUUUCCUCCCUAUCUGAGCUCUUCGCCAGAAGCUAAAUAUGAUGCUUUCCUCGUAACCAACAUGGUUCCAAUGUACCCCGCCUUCAAACGUGUUUGGACUUAUUUCCAAAGGGUUUUGGUGAAGAAGUACGCUUCAGAAAGGAAUGGAGUUAACGUAAUAAGUGGACCGAUUUUUGACUACAAUUACGAUGGCUUACGUGACACUGAAGACGAAAUUAAACAGUAUGUGGAAGGCAGCUCUAUACCUGUCCCCACCCACUACUACAGCAUCAUCACCAGCUGCCUGGACUUCACUCAGCCUGCAGAUAAGUGUGAUGGUCCUCUCUCGGUGUCUUCUUUCAUCCUUCCUCACCGACCCGACAAUGAUGAAAGCUGUAAUAGUUCCGAAGAUGAGUCAAAAUGGGUAGAGGAGCUCAUGAAAAUGCACACAGCUCGGGUGCGGGACAUUGAACAUCUCACCGGUCUGGAUUUCUACAGGAAGACUAGCCGUAGCUAUUCGGAAAUUCUGACCCUCAAGACCUACCUGCAUACGUAUGAGAGCGAGAUUUAACUUUCUGGGCCUGCACAGUAUAGUCUUAGCAACUGGUGUAUAUUUUUAUAUUGUGUUUGUAUUUAUUAAUUUGAAGCCAGGACAUAAACAAAGAAACAAAGAAACAAACAAACAAAAAAAACCACUUAGUAUUUUAAUCCUGUACCAAAUCUGACAUAUUAAGCCUGAAUGACUGUGCUAUUUUUCUCCUCUAAUUCUUAAUGUAGACAGAGUCGUGUUCUGAGCAGAGUUUAUAGCGAACACUAAAGCUCAUGAUCCAAGUAGAAGCUUCUACAUGGUGCUGCAGGUUGAGUAUUUGCAUUGAGGAAAUACUAGUUUUCCAGUGCCCAGUCACCACGUGUAGUCCUGUUCUGUAUCGAAAGACUGAUUUUGUAAGGGUGCAUUCAUCUGCUGUUAACUUUGACAGACAUAUUUAAGCCUUAUAGACCAAUCUUAAAUAUAAUAAAUCACACAUUCAGAUUU